AUGGCGGCGGUAAAUGGGUAUCAAGGAAAUACUCCGGCGGAAACUACGCCGGCAGCCACCGGAUCAAAGCAACCUGCUCCUCCGAUUAAGACCGUCGAUAGCCAAUCCGUCCUCAAAAGGCUGCAAUCUGAACUAAUGGGCUUGAUGAUGGGAGGUGAUCCGGGAAUAUCUGCAUUUCCAGAGGAAGACAACAUAUUCUGCUGGAAAGGAACAAUCACAGGAAGCAAAGAUACGGUUUUUGAAGGAACUGAGUACAGACUCUCACUCUCUUUCUCAAACGACUAUCCUUUUAAACCUCCCAAAGUCAAGUUUGAGACUUGCUGCUUCCACCCCAAUGUUGAUCUCUAUGGCAACAUCUGCUUGGAUAUUCUUCAGGAUAAAUGGUCAUCCGCUUACGAUGUGAGGACAUUAUUACUCUCAAUUCAAAGCCUUCUCGGAGAACCGAACAUCAGCUCACCAUUGAACAAUCAAGCAGCGCAGCUUUGGAGCAAUCAGGAAGAGUAUAGAAAGAUGGUUGAGAAGCUCUACAAACCUUUAAACGCAUGA